CCAUUCAUCGCGAGCCUUGCUUGCUUGACGCCGCUUAGCACAACGCGACGAUCCUCUCCACCGGCCGGCUCUCCGAGUUCCCUCCCUUCCCACCAUCUGCCACGCACAGUGUACAUGCAGAACCAACUCACGCCAAGCUUGUAUCCUCAUCUUGCCUGGUGAUACUCCAAGGAGGACCUCGAGCUUGACCCGCCAGUGCCCGAAAACCCGCAAGCAUGGCGGCACCACCGCCCCCGUCCUCGUCAUCUUCCAGGCGGUCGAGGGCGGGUGACAAGGCUGUUGGUUCAUUCAGUAUUGAGGACGAGAUAGGCAAAGGAAGCUUUGCUACCGUCUACAGAGGUACUCAUAAGGCCACCGGAGCUCUUGUAGCAAUCAAAUCGGUAAAUCUAUCGAAGCUCAACAAGAAGCUGAAGGACAACCUCUACUGCGAAAUCGAGAUUCUCAAAGGGCUUCAUCAUCCUCAUAUCGUUGCCUUGAUCGACUGCCGAGAAUCGUCAACGCAUAUACAUUUGGUCAUGGAAUACUGUGAGCUUGGGGAUCUGUCCUAUUUUAUCAAGAAGAGAGAGAAGCUGGCCGAUAAUCCUGCGUUGAGAGAUAUGGUCAGGAAAUAUCCCAUGCCAGCUCAUGCUGGUCUGAACGAAGUCGUCGUUCGCCAUUUUCUCAAGCAACUGGCAAGCGCGAUGGAAUUCCUAAGAGAUCGGAAUUUCAUACAUCGGGACAUCAAGCCACAGAACAUGCUUCUACUUCCGUCGCCUCAAUACUUGGCACAGUCAAAGGAUCUCCCCCUGGUCAUGAGUGCGAGUAAAGAAGCCUUGAUCCCGAUGGUCGGUCUUACUUCGUUGCCAAUGUUGAAGAUAGCCGAUUUUGGAUUCGCUCGAUCGUUGCCCUCGACGUCGUUGGCCGAGACACUCUGCGGCUCUCCUCUUUAUAUGGCUCCCGAGAUACUCAGGUACGAGAAGUACGACGCUAAAGCCGAUCUGUGGUCCGUGGGUACAGUGCUGUUCGAGAUGGUGGUUGGAAGACCCCCCUUUCGUGCAACGAAUCAUGUUGAAUUACUCCGCAAAAUCGAGCAGAGUGAGGACCAAAUCAAAUUCCCAAAGGAGGUAGUCAUCAGCCCAGGCAUCAAAGAGUUGAUCAAGAGUCUAUUGAAACGAACGCCGGUGGAACGUAUACCGUUCGAGGAUUUCUUCCGACACGCAUGUGUGGUUGAUCCAAUCCCGGGGCUGGUCGGCGAUGAUAGACCUCGAGAAGUCAAACCAGCGAGAUCGGAAGAUAUACCGAUAUCACGACAACUUUCGACUAGUCGUAAGCAGGCUUCUGCGAGCGAACGAGAUGCAAGACCUACUGCUGGGCGAACGCAUUCCUCCUCUCCUCGUGAUCGACCAGCGCCGCCAUCUCCGAGAACUCAAAUAGCAGACCCGACACGGCAGCUUGCGGGAACCCCUCCUCGUCCUUUACCUCAAGCUCGCCCAAGCUCACGUGAGCAAAAACGACCACCCAUGGCGCCUUCAAAUACGGCUUCCAAUGCAGAAGGCACACAAAGCGGUCGUCCACCAGCCCGUACUUUCAACCCUGUUUCGAGAACAGACCAACGCCAAAUACCUUCGAGGCAAUCUUCAGUUGAUGAGGGUCCAAAGCCAAAGCAGCCCGCUGCAGAUUUGCGGACAAAGGAAACAAUCGCAGAAGCUGAGCAGGCUGUUCGUGACGCACGAGAGUACGUCUUGGUGGAGAAACGAGCAGUUGAGGUCAAUGCGUUUGCAGAUGAAAUGGCGGCGAACCCUAGACUGUCAGGGGCACAGCAGCAGAUUUCGCCUCGAUCAGGGCCAGUAGUAACUCGACGGAAUACAACACAGGGUUCCCCUUCUUCAAUUACAGGUGCAGUACCUGCUUCACCGUCACGUGUAGUGCAGAUCGCUCGUGGAGUACGACCAGAUCAGACGACACAGCGCCAGGCCCCACUCGGAAAGCUUGGCAGCAGUCCGUCAACUACUUCGGCCAUUGCAAAGGCUCUCCAUGGCGCUAGUGUUAGAGUCUUCGGCGUUGGGUGGUCCCCCCAUCUAAUUGGUAAAGGGGUGUCCCCUCCUCAGCUUUACGGUCCCUUCCCGACUUAUCCCACUCCUCACGGCGCUAUCGGCCUGAUCGGAGAUGGAAGACCCAGUGCACCGAUUGACGAGGAUCAGAGGACCGUUAACAUCAUUGAGGAGUCUGCCACCAGGAGCGACGUGGUGUAUGGAUUUGCUGAGGUCAAAUAUAAGCAACUCAUCCCCUUAGCACCCUCUAUGGACCACGGUCUAGGCGGGCCCGCCCAAGAUAGGCCAGGAGAUGAUGAUGAGGGUCUCACAACAGAGGCUGUAGUUGCUCUAUCCGAAGAGGCUCUCGUUCUAUACGUCAAGGCGCUGUCACUUCUUGCCAAGUCGAUGGACAUAGCUGGGGCAUGGUGGUCUCGGAAGACUUCGGGCGAUGCGCCGAGAUGUGACACAGCUACCAGCAUUGCAGCUGGCAAUCGUAUCAAUAGCGCAGUCCAGUGGGUUCGCAGCCGCUUCAAUGAAGUCCUUGAGAAGGCGGAAAUCGUUCGACUGAAACUCAUCGAGGCUCAAAAACGAUUGCCCGAAGAUCACCCAGGGCAUCCAAGCAAUAACACGAGCGCGUCACGAGUUGCCGGAGCUUCUUCUACGGACGGAGUUAUCUUGAACUCGGGCAUUACUGCUGAGAAGUUGAUGUAUGAUCGGGCAUUGGAGAUGAGUCGUUCUGCAGCCAUCAACGAGAUAGCAAAUGAGGACCUUCCUGGUUGUGAGAUCUCGUACGUCACUGCUAUUAGAAUGCUGGAAGCCGUGCUCGAGAGCGACGAUGAGGCUCCUCCUCAGCGGAGGCGCUCCUCAAGCCUGAGAGAAGACAAGGAGAGUAAGGUUGAGGGUGACGGUACAGUAAAUGGCAUCAACCUGGAUGAUAGACAGGCUGUGUUGAAAGUCGUAUCCAUGAUCCGCACUCGUCUCACAACCCUGAGAAAGAAGAUGGCCAUAAUCGCCAAACACCAAUCCUUACCUCAGCCGCCGUCCCCUCGUCAUUCUGGUAUCACUCAUAGUGGCAGCACGACACCAACUAUUGCGAAUACGCCGCCGCAUUGAGGACUUGGCGUUGUUGAUCGUGCUUACCAAAACUACACCUAAAAGAGCAUGCUCUUUUUCCGCUGCUGCAGA